AUGCAUGUACCCUCACCCCCACCCCCCCAUCUCACCCCACCCUCUAACUUCAUGCAUUUACCCUCACCCCCACCCCCAUCUCUUUCCACCCUAUCUCUGCCCACCCUCUACGUCAUACAUUUACCCUCACCCCCAACUCUCCCCACCCUCUACUUCAUGCAUUUACCCUCACCCCCACCCCUCCCCACCCUCUACUUCAUGCAUUUACCCUCACCCCCACCUCACCCCCUCCCCCAUCUCUCCCCACCCUCUACUUCAUACAUGUAUCCUCACCCCCACCCCCAUCUCACCCCCACCCCCAUCUCUCCCCACCCUCUACUUCAUGCUUGUACCCUCACCCUCAUCCCCAUCUCACCCCCACCCCCACCUCUCCCCACCCUCUACUUCAAACAUGUAUCCUCACCCCCACCCCCAUCUCUCCCCACCCUCUACUUCAUGCAUUUACCCUCACCCCCACCUCACCCCCUCCCCCAUCUCUCCCCACCCUCUACUUCAUACAUGUAUCCUCACCCCCACCCCAUACUCACCCCCACCCCCAUCUCUCCCCACCCUCUACUUCAUGCUUGUACCCUCACCCUCAUCCCCAUCUCACCCCCACCCCCACCUCUCCCCACCCUCUACUUCAAACAUGUAUCCUCACCCUCACCCCCAUCUCACCCCCACCCCCAUCUCUCCCCACCCUCUACUUCAAACAUGUAUCCUCACCCUCACCCCCAUCUCUCCCCCACCCCCAUCUCUCCCCACCCUCUACUUCAUACAUGUAUCCUCACCCUCACCCCCAUCUCACCCCCACCCCCAUCUCUCCCCACCCUCUACUUCAAACAUGUAUCCUCACCCUCACCCCCAUCUCACCCCCACCCCCAUCUCUCCCCACCCUCUACUUCAAACAUGUAUCCUCACCCUCACCCCCAUCUCACCCCCACCCCCAUCUCUCCCCACCCUCUACUUCAUGCUUGUACCCUCACCCUCACCCCCAUCUCACCCCCACCCCCAUCUCUCCCCACCCUCUACUUCAUGCUUGUAUCCUCACCCCCACCCCCAUCUCACCCCCACCCCCAUCUCUCCCCCAUCUCUCCCCACCCUCUACUUCAUGCUUGUACCCUCACCCUCACCCCCAUCUCACCCUCACCCCCAUCUCACCCCCACCCCCAUCUCUCCCCACCCUCUACUUCAUGCUUGUACCCUCACCCUCACCCCCAUCUCACCCCCACCCCCAUCUCUCCCCACCCUCUACUUCAUGCUUAUGGCUUCCGUCCACUUGACCACCCCAUCGGUCAGCGGGACCGGAGCAGAGUGCUCCAGUCAGUGCCCCAGGGGCCCCGAGGAGGUGUGUGGCCACUCAGUGGUCAGUGGGCCCCACACAAGAGGAACAGAUUGAGAUCACAGAUUGUUGGCAAGACUGGACAUCAAAUCUUACAAUCAACAAGUUAA